AUGAAAGCUGCGGCGCGAGAGCUUCGACAGCUCCUUCCCUCGUUAGCACGCCAAUUGGAGAGCUUCGAAUGCCUCUGUUGCAUCUUGGUCGACGCCAUUGACGAACAUCGAGAGGUCAAAACGCUGCUUCAGAUUCCGGAAGCCGUGUUCGCUCGAGUCGAAAAAAAUCUCAAGACAUCGCUAUCAGCGGCGCGUUGCGUGAAGGAGAAGCUAAGAUCGCGCUUAAGGAUGGUAGACACCUGCUUGUCGACGCUAUCUGCCAUUUCCAGUUCGAAGAACGAUCGCGCUGUCAGCGAAAAUACAACUCACAUGGGACGAUUGGCAGAGUACGGGAGGGAGGAAAACCUCAACAUGGGGAAAAUUGCUCGGGCAACCAAGCUCGACAGCCAAGCCAUGAAAAUCAUCGCCAUCAUGACGAUGCUGUACCUCCCUGCAACUUUUGUGGCCACUCUCUUCAGCAUGGGGAUCUUUCACUUCGACUUCGACAAUGGGAUGACUGGCGACUUUUCUGUGGCAAGGUAUUGGUGGCUGUACUUCACAGUUGCUAUACCCCUGAGCGGGGCGACUUUCAUGAUAUUCUAUCAUAGAGUCAAGUCACACAAGAGCGCGGACAAGAAGGAAUCACAGAAAGCCGCGACAGGAGCUUGA